CGUACUAGUGGAGUCGAGUUGAAGACUGUGCUGUUCGCCCCUGUGGUCGCUCACGACAGUGGCAGUGGAGGACAUUUGACAAGGUUUGGACACAUGAGCUAACACUGCCGACAGAGAGCGCGUCCUCAGCAGCAGCACCAUCGUCUGGACCUGUUCCAGGGGAUUUAUGCGUGUACUUCAACUCUAGUCGACCGAGUUUCCCUGACUGUGACAGCUAGCAGGCAGAGCCCGGUCAGAGUUGUAUUGCCACGCUUAAGCCAAGUUGUUCAUGCAUAUUUCAGUGAUGCGGAUUACAUGUGAUGUUAUUCUUCCAUCAGCCUCUGCUCUUCUCCGGGGCGACACUUAAAUAUUCAUGCUUCCUUGGCAGAGACGUUUACAGUUGAAGCUGGCAGGCUUAACCAUUCCCCAUCUGUUUGACCAGCGUUCCUCAUUAGAAUCCAUCACCUGGGAGCCUGAGCUGUUCCAUCUUCGGACACUUGACUAGCUUCCUGGUGCAUGUCACGUUUCCUUUGAGCACGGAGAGGUCUGCGUGAAGGCUGAAAGAUGGUCUGAUGGACCGCCGCUUCUUCCUGACCUUCCUCGUCUGCUCAGUGUCGUGGAUCUUCUUCUGGGAAGUGCGCUGGAAGAAAGGAAAGGAGAGUCAGAUUGAGGAAUGGCUCCAAGGACAUAGGCUCUCUCAGUACGGCCACUUAUUUGACGAUGUACAGACACUGGAGGAGCUGAGUCUGAGUGUACUGAGUCGCCUGGAAGAGGUGGUGAGGGAACAGCAGCGCUGGAGGGAAAUUGCAGAGGCCCACAUCCAGCUGCUCCGAGACUUUGCCUUCCAGGAGUGGCUUUACUCCCAGAACCUGGAGCACUAUUACCAUACACUGAAGACCUUAGGUUGUAUGAAUUUGGACGAUCUGUCUCAGUUUGACAGUCAACUGCAGCUGUCUCUAGCUGCUUGGGGCUACUAUUACGAAGACUACAUAAAGUUGUCCACGGGCAUCAGGAUCCUCAAGACCUCCAGGGGCCGUCGAGACCAGGACUACGAGAUCCGGCUGGUGCACAGCCUUGCUGUGAGGCGUCUGAAUGAGAAGUGGUCAAUCGCGGGAGCUCUGAUAUUUGGCUGUACUGUGGCACUGUGCUUCUUGAUAAGGGACCUCAUGUUUUACGUGAUUGGUGGAAUUACUGUUUCCAUCAUAGCGUUUGUCUUCACUAUCAAGUUCCUCUGUGAGCUUGCAGCGAGGGUCGUCAGCUUCCUGCAGAAUGAGGAUCCAGGGCGACGCGGUGACCGCAGUAUCUACGACUACGUCCGGGGCAACUACCUGGACCCACGUUCCUGCAAGGUGUCAUGGGACUGGAAGGAGCCGCAGGAAGUGGGACAGACUAUGAGCUUCAGAGUACAGCUGUUCUAUAAGAAUGGCCAGCCUUUCCCAGCGCAUCGACCUGUGGGACUGAGGGUCAACAUCAGCCAUAUUGAAUUGGCUCUGGACAUCCCUGUUACACAGGAGGUUCUGCAAGAACCAGAGUCCAAUGUGGUCAAAGUGACCUUCACAGUGCGCAAGGCUGGACGCUAUGAGGUCGCGGUCAAGUUGGGCGGCCUCAAUGUGGCCUACAGCCCUUAUUACAAGAUAUUCCAGUCAGGUACAGUUGUCCCAUCCAAAACAAAGAUAGCCUACCAUUUCUCCACCCUGGUCCUGGUGAACGGCCAGCAGCACACCUUGCAGAUUGAGCCCAGGGACGAGUAUGGAAACCCCACCAGUAACUCCACAUCGCUCACGGAUGAAGCCAACUACAGCGUGCAUGUACACCCUCUGGGCACAGUGGAUGACGACAGUCUGGAGGGGUGCUACAGUAAAUCCGUUUCACUCAACAAGCAGCAGUGCCAGGUUCUGCUGAGACUGACCCUGAGGAAGACGGGGUGUUUCCGGGCCCGCAUCUCCUACAAGGACCAGCCGCUCAGCAAUGGGGAAUUUGACAUUAUUGUUCUCAGUGAGAAUGAGAAGGCCUGUGUGGAGAAGAAUGUGUCCACUCCAGGCAUCAGUAUCUACUUUGAGGCAUACCUUUACAGCAGUGGGAACUACAGCAGUUCGUCGUGGCAGUUACCAGCUUCCUCUUUGCUGGCCCCCCAGCGGAGGCCCUCUAUGGGCGAAGAGGAGGAUGAGCAUGACUCUCCUGUGGAGGGACAACCCGAAAAAGUCAAGAAACCAAAAAAGGUCUACUGUUACAUAUCACCAAAGCAACUAUCCGUGAAGGAGUUCUACCUGAAAAUAAUUCCGUGGCGCCUUUUCACCUUUCGAGUAUGUCCAGGAACAAAGUUUACCUAUUAUGGUCCUGAUCCCAUUCACAAGUACCUAACUCUAGUGGUGGACGACGGGAUACAGCCGCCUGUGGAGCUUGGCUGCAAAGACAGGAACAUCAUGGCCGCCACCUUCAUCCGCUUCCUGCACAAGAACAUUGGUGGCUCAGAAACGUUCCAAGACAAGGUGAACUUCUUCCAACGCGAACUCAGACACAUCCACUCCAAGAAACCUCGCACCAAAACCUGCCUAAAGAUCACUCGGCACUCCAUCCUAGAUUCAUCCCUGAAGGCGACAAGGAACUUCUCAGUGUCCGACUGGGGCAAGAACUUUGAGGUCGUGUUCCAGGACGAGGAAGCUCUGGACUGGGGAGGCCCUCGCAGGGAGUGGUUUGAGCUGAUUUGCAAAACCCUCUUCGACACCUCCAACCAGCUGUUCACCCGCUUCAGUGACAACAACCAGGGCCUUGUGCACCCAAACGCCGACAAGCCGCCCCACCUGCGUCUCAAGAUGUAUGAGUUUGCGGGCCGCGUUGUCGGGAAGUGCCUGUACGAGUCUGCCCUGGGUGGAGCCUACAAGCAGCUGGUCCGAGCUCGCUUCACGCGUUCCUUCUUGGCGCAGAUCAUCGGCCUUAGGAUGAACUACAAGUACUUUGAGGCCGACGACCAGGAGUUCUACAAAACUAAAGUCUGCUUCAUCCUAAACAAUGACGUGAGUGAAAUGGACUUGGUGUUUGCCGAGGAGAAGUACAGCAAGUCGGGACAGCUGGAGAAGGUGGUGGAGCUGAUAUCAGGGGGAGCUCAGAUCGCUGUUACCAACGACAAUAAGAUGCAUUAUCUUAACCUGCUGGCCCAGUACAGACUGGCCAGUCAGGUGAGAGAGGAGGUGGAACAUUUCCUGAAAGGUUUGAACGAACUGGUUCCAGAAAACCUGCUAGCCAUAUUUGAUGAGAAUGAGUUGGAGCUUUUGAUGUGUGGCACCGGCGAUAUAAACGUGCAGGACUUCAAGGCCCAUGCUGUGAUUGUCGGGGGGUCGUGGCACUUCAGAGAGAAAGUGAUGAAGUGGUUCUGGGCCGUGGUGUCCAGCUUCACGCAGGAGGAAUUGGCUCGUCUCCUGCAGUUCACCACCGGCUCUUCUCAGCUCCCCCCUGGAGGAUUCAACACCCUUUGCCCCUCCUUCCAGAUCAUCGCCGCCCCCACACACAGCACCUUGCCCACUGCACACACCUGUUUUAACCAGCUGUGCCUCCCGACCUACGAUUCCUACGAGGAACUGCACAAGAUGCUGAAGCUUGCCAUCAGUGAGGGCAGCGAAGGCUUCGGCAUGCUCUGACAUCUCCACCACCACCCGGCACUGUGGUUCCACUCGUGCAGGAGGACGCCAGCGCUGCCCUCCGCCAGCGCUGCCCUCCGCCAGUGCACCAGUUCUCUGCAUUCAUCUGCAUUUAACAGUUGGGGCUUCUUGACAAAGAAUCACCCAGACUCCCUACGAAUACUCUCUCUCAGGACGAGAGGGCGUUGCAGGAAGUCGCAGGGAGCUGGAAUCAGGACUCAGGUCGCGUGAACUCCAGUGCGACUGUGUAAAACGAAAAAUAUCUUGUUUUUGUAAAAGGAAAAAGAAGAAAAAGGAAUGGAUACGUUGGACUGCUGUAAACGGUGAGGUUUGGGUUGAGUUUUAUUUCUGAAAGCUAAAAGUUUUAUAUGUUUGACAAGCAGAUUAUGCUAGAGCAAAGGCCUUGAGUAUUACUGUAUAAACGCUUCUUUUGCAACGUGCAAACUGAGGAACACUUAAGUGCAGCAGCACCCUACAUGGGAUGUGGGCGACGCGUGAAUCCACAGCACUUUGGCCUUAAUCGAUCAGGGACUGAUGUUUGUAUGUAAAUAUCUAAUAUCACUCUUUUAUGUCAAUACUUGUACAUACUAGUAUGCAUUCACACCUUUUUUCAUCUCAUUACCGUUUCAUUUGACCUUUGAGGAGAGGGGAUUUGCUUUAUCGUUGGUUGAGAGUUUAUAUAAUGUCUAUAAGUUGUUCUUUUGUUUCUUCUGUUCGAGAUGAAUGAGUUUUAAAAAGGAGCCAAGUAAUUACUAUUGUUUAUACAUGUUUUUAACUUAUUGUGUCUUGGAAAGAGACAUUUAUGUUGACCCAUACUGUUGGAACUUAUGUUUGUAAGUGUUUUUGUUAUGUUUCAUAACCUGCCUUAUUCAUGCCCUUUGCCUCUGAUUGUAUCCAGGGUGGUGCAUAGGUGACGAACAUAGUCAACAAUGAUAUGUAUUAAUUAUUAUGACAUUUCUGCUUUACAGUUCUGCCCCCCUCCCCCCACAGGGUUCACUGUGGAUGUGAGUGUUGGUUUGCUGUUGGGGGAGAGCCCGUGUAUAACAACUGUUUUUGUUAUAUACGCUGUUUGCACACAGCCUCUUGUGGGUUUACCUCAGAAUCUCUGAAGCCACAUAUGCAUCCCCCGACACAGGUGUUAAUGUGUUCAUGCACAUGUUUCCUUCCAACCCCAGACUGUACAACCUUCAGCCAUUUUGACACAGACCUUCAGCAUUAUACCAUUUGUUUUUCCAUCAUGAUUUUUAUUUGUAAUGCUAUUAGCAUUGUCUUUAUCCUGAGCCAACACAAUUGCUUUCUUGUUUGUUUGUUUGUUUUGUAAUUUCUGUUCGGGAUUGCGUCACUGUUCCAGAGUUUACAUGUACAUUAGCCAUUUUAUAAUAGUGUGUGCUGCCAGUCAGAACGUUUUGUAGUAGAGAUCUGUGUUUAGACUCGGACGCAAAAAAAAGAAAGCGCAAAAUGAUUCAUUCCUCCAUAUGGCGUUUUUUUGGUUGGAAGAAGUUCCCCACAGAGCACAAAUCUGAAUUCAGCUCCACUCCUCACAUUGCACUCACAGUUGGCAGUAAAAGUUUAACUCUUCCACCAAGAGGUUAAACUUUUUGAAAAGGAGAAAACGUCACAUUUUGACCGCAGGUGUCCGUUAGCACAGGCUGGGAUUAUUUGCAUUGACUCGGUGCAGUGGGAUGUUGGUGAGCGUUGGCUUGUGCUGUACCUGGUCUUUUCACAGUGUUCAGAGGUUUUGUCAGAGGGUCUGUGGAUUUUGUGUGUUUGGGUUGUGCAAUGUUGACCUGAUGUGCUGAGGAGGGCAGAAAAAAAUGCUUCUGGAAAAGGUUUAGUUAAGGGUUCGUUUUCAGCACCAGUGUCUGAUAUCAAACUUAUCUGUAGUGAACGUAGUUUAAGCUUUACAUGUGUUAGAUGAAGUUCCCUUAGAUGACACGACCAUUGUAAACAAAUUUGAAGGAGGCCUGUCCCGUAGUUUUAUGUUCUUGUGUACUGUUUUGAUUUCCAUGAGCAUCUACUACUCUGUUUAAAGCUUGGAAGGAUUCUGGGUUAGUUCGCCACGAGUGUGACUUUUAGCAAUGUAGAUAUUGUGAAAUAUUUGCCUAUGACUUUGAAGCUGGGGUACUUUUUUUUCCUUUUCUUUUCUUUUUUUCUUUCUUUUUUAAUAGCAAGCAUCUGCUGAUGAAUGUUUGAGAUUCUCUGCACUGCAGACGGUCCGUUUGUUUAUGGGAAUAAAAAAUGAUGGACUGGA